AUGUGGUGUUCGAAGGAGAAUUUGCCAUCCUCAAAAACUAUUCUCUCCGUCGCGGCCUCAUUCACCGCCUCCGUAGUCCUCCUCCGAACCAUCAUCAACGAUUUCGUUCCCGAUUCUGUCACAACCUAUUUCACUUCUGGUCUUCGAAACUUAUCGACCAAGUUAUCCUCUCAAGUUACUGUCAUCAUCGAAGAGUCCAACGGACUCACACCCAACCAGAUGUUCGACGCCGCCAAUGUUUAUUUAGGGACCAAGUUGUCCCCAUCGGCGCCAAGAAUAAGGGCCCAUAAACCAGAGAAGGAAAAAGAGAUGGAUAUCUCCAUUGAUAAAGACCAAGAGCUUCUUGAUUCGUUUCAGGGUGUGAAAUUGAAGUGGGUUUUGGGUUCUUCACGAGUUGAGAAAUCUGGGUCUAAUAAGAAAGGAAAUGGGAGUUCAAUUUCAUUAUCUGAGAUUCGUCAUUUUGAGGUAAGUUCUCAUAAGAAAUACAGAGAUAUGGUUUUGAGGACUUACUUGCCUUACAUUCUACAAAGAGCGAAAGCAAUAAGAGAAGAGAAGAAGACGGUGAAACUACAUACUAUUGAUUAUAAUGGUACUGAUUAUUGGGGUUCAAUCAAUCUUGAUCAUCCAGCCACGUUCGAUACAAUCGCAAUGGAUCCGGAAAAGAAGAAGACAUUGAUUGAAGAUCUUGAUCUGUUUGUGUCAAGGAAGGAGUUUUACAGAAGGGUAGGAAAGGCUUGGAAACGUGGGUAUUUGUUUUAUGGACCACCAGGCACAGGGAAGUCAAGCUUGAUUGCUGCCAUUGCUAAUUAUCUCAAGUUUGAUGUUUAUGAUUUGGACUUGAAGGAGGUUCAAUGCAAUUCAGAUUUGAGGAGGCUAUUGAUUGGUACUGGUAGUCGGUCUAUAUUAGUGAUGGAGGAUAUUGAUCGAUCUUUCGAGUCCAUAGCAGAUGAUAAGGUAAUUAAACACAAUAACGGGUCAUUGGCUGAAAUGUUAAACUUGACUAUGCUAACUUUUAGCACAAACGGGGUUGAGUUGAAGUCUCAUGGGUGUUUCCAUUAUCGCAAUAUGCGAGAUGGACCAUAA